CCAACCGACUCUGGACGCUUGAUUCCCGGCGCUGCUAUUCCCAUUCGUCUCAGUCCUUGACUGCACCUAUCUCGAGGCACGCAGCAAACCACACGAGGGUCGUCAAGGUUCUCAGCUCUUGCGCGUUACCUUCGGACGCUCCAUCCUUUCCUGGGCUUUUCACCGAAAGGCGCAUCCUGCAACACGUGAAUUCUCCUUCCCCAACAAGGAUUGUUGCCUUUUUCGCCGAUAAUACCGUGCAAGACAGCGGACUUCAUCUCCUAUUGGAUAGGGAACUGGAUCCUAGUGUUGUGCAUUCCUCGUGACAGUGUGUCGUCUUGCGCUAUUAUCGUCAUCCUUCGAGAAAUCCGACGUUUCUUUCAGCGCGUUGCGGACCAGCGUGCAUCACAGACACGCACACACUGGGCCCAUCCAUCACUCACUGCCCCUCUCCAAUACGACAGAUUCAGGGUGCGCCGCAGCGAUUCGAGACUAUCCCAAGAUGCGUCAGCGGCUUUACCGACAGAUUUUAGUCGGCCGAGAGGACGGUGAUGCUGUGGCGGCAGUUCCUGAAUGUGAGGUCUCGCCGGCGAGCACAGAUCACUGGGGCCUGCGAAUUGCCUCCAUCUUUAUCAUCCUUGUCGGCUCAGCCUUGGGAGCUCUUUUACCUGUCAUUCUCGCGAGGACCUCUAAACUGCGGGUACCCAGGUUAUGUUUCUUCGUCGCCAAGUACUUCGGCACCGGCGUGAUCCUUGCAACCGCCUGGAUGCACCUACUCUCACCGGCCUCCGACAACCUCCGUGAUGAGUGCCUUGCAAACAUUCUGCCCGACUACGAUUGGGCCAUGGGUAUUGCCCUGAUGACAGUGAUGGUCAUGUUCCUCAUGGAGAUCAUUGUCUCGCGGUUUGACUUUGGCUUUGGCUCUGUGCACGGUCACGGUCAUGAGCACGACGGGAAAGCCAAGGGUUCCGACGAAGCGGGUCUCGAGGCAGCGGGUUCUGAAAAGUCAACCGGGACCGCCAUGCCUGCUCAGAGCACUGCUGGGGCCGCUGGUACAGGCUUUUUCAACCGAACUGGGACUUCGGGCCUGGCCAUCAACGACGUCAGUUACCCUCCUGGCGGAGAGGACCACCUGGGUCACCAGCGGGAUCAUUUCGAAGGCGACGAGCACGCCAAUUACGCCGCACAGAUCACAGCCAUCUUCGUCCUGGAGUUCGGCGUCAUCUUCCACUCCAUCUUCAUUGGCCUUACGCUUGCGGUCACUGAUAACUUCAUCGUCUUGUUUAUUGUCCUUGUCUUCCACCAGACCUUCGAGGGACUCGGAUUGGGUGCGCGUCUUGGCACGGCGACCUGGCCGUCCGGCGUUCGGAGAUACACGCCACAUCUGCUCGCAAUGCUGUACGCAAUCAGCACGCCAUUUGCCAUUGGCAUGGGGCUUGUUGCGAGCAAGUCGCUGGCUCUUGAAGCCGCCACAAGCAGGGUUGUAAACGGAGUGUUUGAUGCCAUCAGCGGCGGCAUCCUCAUGUACACGGCCCUCGUCGAGCUUGUGGCGCAUGAGUUUAUGUUCAACCCGGAGAUGCGGAAAGCGGGCCUUGGGAUGCAGCUUUCGGCGUACACCUGCGUAGCCUUGGGCGCAGGCUUGAUGGCUCUCCUGGCCAACUGGGCCUGACGUACCGGAGCGGCCGGUAUUUGGAUGUAUGGCAUGCGGGCAAUCUGGCGCUUCUCUCCAAGAACGGACGCCUGUUGCUUGUUCGCUGAGGUGCCGAAAGUG